AUGAUGCAAGAAGACAAGGAAAAGGAUCUCUUCCAGCGCUUCAUCGAGCUGUUCCUGGAAGGGGAGAACCUGAGAGACAUGAUGGUCUACAUGUGUAACACUUGCACCUCGGACGUUCAAGACCCGAUCACCCACACUAUCUGCAUUUUCCUAUCUACCCCAAUCAGGAUCAGCAUCACCAAGAUUGGCCUGGCUCCAUUUCAAGGUUUCAACACGGCGAUAUUCCCCUUCUUCUGCAUGCGGGAAGAGCAGAAGAUCCUGCUUCUUGAAAUCCUCCAAUUUAUGCAGGAGAACAGCAGGGCGACGCUUUCAACGCAGAUGGGCGGGGGCGGGAUGGCAACGCUGAAGCCCGACGGGCAACGCAUCUACCUCGACACAUCCGAAGUCAUCUUCCAGUUCUUCCAGGCCACCAAGGAGUCCGAGAGGACGGGGAUGAAAGCACAUGUCAGGGACAAGGUCUGCAACAUCAUCCUUCAAAGGGUAUGCAGCGCAGUUCAUAUCCCCCGGCGGACGCUGAACGAGAUCAUGGAGAGGGCAAGGGAAUUGUGA